AUGCUGAGUGCCACCAACAACUGGUCCGAGGACAACGUGCUGGGCAAGGGUGGCUUUGGCGUUGUCUACAAAGGCCGCUCGCCACAGGGCCAGCUGUGGGCCAUCAAGCGAUCCACCAUCAUGACCAACGACUUUGAAACGGAGGUACGAGCCAUGGCGUCUCUCCACCACACACACCUUGUGUGCCUGCUGGGCUUUUGCCUGGACCAGAACAUGGAGACGGCCAAGCAGAAGUUGCGCCUUGCACAGGGAGCAGCAGAGGGCCUGGCAUACCUGCAUAGGUUUGACACUCCCAUCGUUCACCGCGACAUUAAGCCAGCGAACAUCCUUGUGACUGCCGACAUGCAAGCCAAGGUGGCUGACUUUGGGCUGCUCAAGCGCCUCACUCACGCUGAUGCUGAUGCCACUCGGGUGGCCAGCACUCCGGGCUAUGUGGAUCCGGACUACAACCGCACAAACCUCAUCACGGCCAAGAGUGAUGUGUUCAGAGGGGCUGAGGGACAGCAAGAUGUCGGCGGCAAGGAGGCGAUAGUGGACUUUGCAGACCUGGCUCUGGACUACAUCAAGUCUCCCGGCACACGACGACCCACCAUGAAGGAUGUGGCAUACCGCCUCAGUGCCCUCAUUGCCAAGCACUGCCCCGACAAGGAGGACGAGUGGGAGAGUGGUGCGAAGGAAGAGAGUCCAAGCAGCGACGGUAUGUCUUCAAGGGAUGUUUCUGUUGUUUCUUCAAGGGAGCGUGAGAGGUCUGAUGGCUCACAGUCUGGUGUGAGCUCAUUCAUGCACAUUGGCUCGAUAGGUGAUGGCUUCAGGGGUUGGCUGCAUUUGAAGCCAGCCAAAGGGCGUUAA